AUGGAUGAAGGUGACGAUUAUGUACCACAGAUAUCUCAGCUCGAUUAUUCACUUGUGGGUGAUGCUUCAGCUGUUAUCUCCAGCGACAGCUCUAUUUAUUCGGCACAGCCACAAAUUUCUGUUGGUCAGAACCAGAUGCAUUACGGGAAUUCCGCAAAUAUAAUGCCGCAGAGACAUGUUCAGUCUAUGGAAUCUAUAGUUACAUCUCAGCUUCAAAUGAUACCAAAUAUGGCUCAAUUGCCCUCAUCAUUGCCUGCAACUAAUCAAAAGCCUAAAACAACAAGGAGGCGGAAAAAUGCGCAGCAGAAUCAUGGCAACGAGAACCAGCAGCAAAUCAAUUCUGUUGGAAUGCAAGCAGCGGUUGUUUCUUCGGAACAACAACAACAACAACAACAACAACAACAACAACAACAGCAACAGCAACAACAGCAGCAACAACAACAGCAGCAACAACAGCAGCAGCAACAACAACAGCAUUAUAUGAUGGGAAAUGUAAGUUCGGUACCGAAUGUUGGUGGGAUUCCGCAGAAAUCGUUGAUGAACCAAAUUCAUUCGCCAGGACUACAACAGAUGAUGGGAAAAUUAGGAAACGAAUCACAGAUGCGUCAGUUACAUGAUCCUUAUGGUCACCAACAACAGCAGCCGUGGUAUCAAGACCAUCACCAGCAGCAACCUCCUCAGCAGCCAAUGUCGUAUCGUCCCCCCAGUGAUUUUUUGUCGUCAAAUUCAUAUAACGGUCGUCCUCUGCCUCAGCAACCGUAUUAUUCCCAACAACAAGAAAUGCGUUUUUCGCAUCCGUAUUACCAGCAUGCUGGUUAUCCUUCUUCGUCUCAAGUUGGAAAUUAUUCUAUUUCAAGCAUGCGUUCUUCUGUACCAUCUGGACAUAUGUCCUCCCAGUAUUAUCCGGAACAAAAUCAAGGCAUGCACGAACUUGAUCGCUAUUAUGCAAUGCAUAAUAACCACAUGAUGAGGCCAAAUGAGGAGAUGCAACCGAUGCCUGCCAUGCAGCAGCCCCGUCCCAAUCACUCUGCAUCGUCUUGGCAAUGCCCGGGUAUUCCAAACGUUCCAGGGUACGGCAAACCAAACUCUUCUUCUCAUCAGUAUUCUUUACAGAUGGAAAUGCGGCAGGUUGAACAGCAGUUACAAACUAUGUAUGACAUUCCGAACAGAACGAUACAAAUGGCACAUCAAAUCGAGCAGCUGCAAAUGAGGCUUCAGUAUUUACAACAGUGCACGUCAAUGGCUGAUUGUCGUAUCCCUUCACAACCUCAAGUUACAGAAAAUGCACAGCAGCAGCAGACUCAGCAGCAGCCAGUUUCUGUUAUGCAGCGAGGUUCUGAAGUUCAGGUCAGUAUCAAGCCAGAUAUGCCUGGGCAUACUCUGAUCAGUGUUUAUCAUCAGUAUCCAUCUAAUGCGACCCCUACUUCCAAUGCUUUCUCAUCUGACAGUUCAAAUUUAAAGGACUGUAUUCCUCCUGAGCCGACUCCUUCAACCGUCAGGAAUUCCGAAGGCAGUCGACCGAACAUUCCUCCAGUUGAACAGCCUUUACCUAUGACGAGCAGUAUACACAGUUUACCUAACAGUACAAUUGAAAGUAAGCAGAAUAUGAACUUAAAUUCGAAUAAUCGACUUGUCGACGUGCCGGUGACUACUGCUUCAGUUGACGUGGUGAAGAAUAAUGCUGAGUGCGUGACGAAACCGAAGAGUGAAUCUUUAGGGAGUCCGGCUUUAAACAGUUAUAAAGCGGCUGAAGAAACUGUUUCAAACGAGCAAGAGGAUGGGAAUUUCCGUGCUGUAAAUGUUGAGGAUCAAAAUGAACAUCUUGAGAGUUCGAAUGAGAAGCCGACAACACCAUCAGCUCAAGUUGAAGAGAAAGAGGAGGAGGGUAAAUGUGAAAGUAAUUCUUCUGUGGAUCGUAGCGUUUUAGAAAUUGUGGAAUCUGUUCAUCAUGCUGAAAUGGAAGCGCGACAGAUGUCUAAAAGUGAAUCCGAUGAUACAGAAAUUCUUCCAAAAGAGGCUUCGACAAGUGAAAAAUCUGAGGAAGAUGUCAAAGCUGAACCAUCAAGUAUACCAUCUCCGAAAGCACAGUCGUGUCCUCCGUCCCCAAAGGAGGAAGAUUCGAUGAUCGAAGAGAUCUUACCAGAGGAAGGUGAUAACAGUGAAGGAAAGUGUGAUCAGAAGUCGGUCUUGUCAGGAGACGAUAAUGUUUCAUUAAAAGCUGAAGAAUGUAAAGAAGAGGAAGAACCUGAGGAUAAAAAAGAUGCUAAAACAGAGGAAGUUCAGGAUGAGGUUAAAAGUCAGUCCGAAGAUGCAGCUGUUCCAGCGGUGGACAAUUCGGAUGUGAGUAGGGCAGAGUCAGUUGCUGAGGAGGAGCCUUGCUCUGUUUUAAAAGAUGAUGAAAAAUCCCAAGAACCAGAGAAUCAAAACUCAGAGCACGAGUUGGAAGAGGCUGCGCCAAAUGUCUGUAACGAUGAAGAUACGGCUAAAGAAAGCGUGACUACAAAAGAUGUUAAUACAUCUAGAGAAAGUACUGUAGUUGCACCGGAAGAGAAGAUAGUGACUGAGAAACGGCAUAAUACGAAAAGAAAAGCCCGAGGAGGCAGAAGAGCAAUUCCAUUUAAGAAAAAAAAACGAGACGAGUAUGCCUCGGACGGCGGUGAGGACGAAGACUUUGUCCCUGAACAGGCGAGAAGGUCUCGGAAAAAGGGCAGAGUUAGAAGAAGAGAAAUCGAAAUUGAUCCAUCAGAACUACCAGAUGCCUGUGUUGAGAAGAGAAGAUCAGGACGUAUGCUUGGAGUCGAGAAAAAAAGCUAUGAUUUGCAAGCUAAAUGGGAUGAGAUGGAAGAGGAGCUCGUGGAUAACGAUUCCAGUGCGAAUACAAAGGAAGUCAAAAAAGAAGAACCGAGUGAAUUCGUUGUAGAAAAAAUUAUAUCUCUCAAAAAAAAUGGUGAAAAUCCGGACACGUAUUUUGUUAAAUAUAGAAAUAAGGCCUAUAUUCAUUGCACUUGGAAAACCCAGGCAGAAUUGGAGGAGGGCGAUAAAAGAAUUGCAGCAAAAAUCAAAAGGUUUUUGCAGAAAUGGUCUCAUAACCCUGACCAGGAUGAAGAAGAACAGUUCAAUAGUGAUUUUGUAAUUGUUGAAAGAGUUUUGGACCUCACGGACACUGAGGAUGGCAGUUUUGCGUAUGUAAAGUGGCGGUCCCUCCCGUACGAGGAAGCUACUUGGGAGAAGUCUGAUAUUAUUGCAAAAGAAAAAAUUGACAGUUGGCGUGCUAGAAACGCUGUGGAUCCUGUGAAAUUGAAACCGAAACCUCGACCUACAGCUUCAGAUUGGUCUAAAAUUCCUGAUGACACAACUUUUAAAGAUGAAAAUUUGUUGAGAGAGUACCAGUUUGAAGGAGUCAAUUGGCUGCUUUACUGCUAUUAUAAUAGGCAGAAUUGCAUUCUCGCUGAUGAAAUGGGGCUGGGCAAAACUGUGCAAACGAUAUGUUUCCUUCAAAAAGUUUAUGACUAUGGUAUACACGGUCCAUUUUUGAUAGUGGUUCCUCUUUCAACUAUACAUAACUGGCAAAGGGAAUUCGAGAUUUGGACCGAUAUGAACGCUGUUGUUUACCACGGAAGUGCUACUAGUCGGCAAUUGAUACAACAGACAGAAUUUUAUUAUGAAUCUAGCGACCAAAAACUUGUUAAGAAGAAUGUUGUCAAGUUUGAUGCUUUAAUCACAACGUUUGAGAUGGUUGUCAGUGACUGUGAAGUUUUGAAAAAAUUCAAUUAUCAAGUUUGUGUGAUUGAUGAGGCGCACCGCUUGAAGAAUCGCCACUGCAAAUUGUUGACAGGAGGGUUGUUAUCAUUCAUUUUGGAGCAUCGCUUAUUGUUGACUGGAACUCCACUGCAGAAUAAUAUUGAAGAGCUUUUUUCUCUUUUAAACUUCUUGGAACCUGAACAGUUUCACAGUUCUGCUGCGUUCCUAGAACAGUUCGGGCAGUGUCAAACAGAAGAACAAGUUCAGCGUCUUCAAGGAAUAUUGAAACCGAUGAUGCUGCGACGGUUGAAGGAAGAUGUUGAAAAGUCAUUGCAGCCGAAAGAAGAAACUAUAAUAGAGAUCUGCUUGUCGAAUACGCAGAAAAAGUACUAUAGGGCCAUUCUAGAGAGGAAUUUUUCUCAUUUGUGUAAAGGCACGUCUGUACCGUCAUUAAUGAACGCUAUGAUGGAGUUGCGGAAAUGCUGCAAUCAUCCAUUUUUAAUUAAUGGUGCUGAGGAGCAAAUCAUCUCAGAAAUGAAAUCUAUUCAUCCAGACUGGAGUGAGGAAGAACUUUAUCAAAAUGCAUUAGUGCAAUCUUCUGGGAAGCUUGUGCUUAUUUCAAAGUUGUUGCCCAAACUGAAAGCGGACGGUCAUAAGGUCCUCAUUUUUUCUCAGAUGGUCCGAGUGCUUGACAUCAUCGAAGAAUUUCUUGUUGCACAGAGUUAUACGUUUGAGCGUAUUGAUGGGAAUGUAAGAGGCGAUCUACGUCAAACAGCAAUUGAUCGUUUCAGCAGAAAAGACUCUGAUCGCUUUGUCUUUUUACUUUGUACUCGCGCUGGUGGUCUCGGAAUCAAUCUAACUGCUGCUGAUACUGUUAUUAUUUUUGAUUCUGACUGGAAUCCACAAAAUGAUUUACAGGCUCAAGCUCGCUGCCAUCGAAUAGGGCAAACAAAGAUGGUAAAAGUGUAUCGCCUGAUUACCUGCAACACUUACGAACGGGAAAUGUUUGAUAAGGCUUCGCUGAAAUUGGGUCUUGAUAAGGCAGUACUACAGUCAACUACAGCUCUGAAAGAUACAUCGCAACAGCUUUCAAGAAAGGAAAUUGAGGAAUUGCUCAAGAAAGGAGCUUAUGGAGCGAUAAUGGAAGAAAAUAACGAGGAAAGCAAGUUCAAUGAAGAGGAUAUUGAUACAAUCUUACUGAGGCGAACUACGACCAUCACUUUAGAAGCUGGUAUAAAAGGAUCAACGUUUGCGAAAGCAUCUUUCAAUUCCUCGACGAAUCGAGAGGAUAUCGAUAUCGAUGACCCUAAUUUCUGGUCCAAAUUCGAAGACAAUGUUUACAAAGCUGAAGCUGGUGAAGACAGUGAUGGAGAUGAAAGUGAUGAAAGUGUUAAAGGCCGGAAAAAAGGUGACAGAAAAAGCGAUCGCAAAAGACGUAGGGAGGACGAAGAAUACCGACCUGAUGAGUUGGCGUUCAAUAAAAGCGAAUAUUUUAAGGUUGAAAAACUUUUGGGCCAGUACGGUUGGGGUCGCUGGAAGGUAAUGCGCGAUGCAUGCGACUUUAAGGAAGAAAUCACAGAAGCCGAUGUUGAGCAUAUUUCGAGAACCUUGCUUCUCCACUGUAUUCGUGAGUAUAGAGGUGAUGAAAAAAUACGAGAGUUUAUAUGGAAGUUAAUAUCUCCUAAGGGUACCCAAGCUCCGUCACCAGCAAAGAGUCCAACCCAGAAAAAACCGACAGGCUUAACCUCAGUGUUUCAUGAAGGUUGGGCAGCAUUGCCGGAAUACAAUCCUCCUGCUUUUGCAGUUGACUCGUCUUUCCAACGUCAUGUUCAUCGACAUUCGAAUAAGCUGUUAGUUCGAAUGCAUCAGUUGAACAUUUUAAACUCUGAGGUUAUUGGUAACCGUGGGGAGGCAAUAAUGGAAGGUAAGAACGCGAAAGAAAUUAAUUUAGUAGUUGAGAUGCCUGAACCGUUGGUUCCUGGCUGGGACUCAAAUUGCGACAAAUGCCUUCUAAUUGGAGCUUAUAAACAUGGCUUGGAAAACAUUGAAGCAUGGCAUAAUGACGAGGCUCUUUGCUUCUUAGAAAAAGAACUGAAUCCAUUUCCAUCCUGUGCAGAGAUGCUGAGUCGUUUUCGUAAAUUGUUAACAUAUUUCCAAAGGAAACGGACAACUCCAGUUGUUACCGCUGCCUGGACCCAUCGGGAAGAAACUGAGUUUAUGCGCGUUUUGAAAAGCUAUGGAGUUAAAGACGAUCCUUCCUCGAGGAUAUCGUGGACUCGAUUCAGACAGCUUUGUCCAGCUAUUGAAAAGCGGACCGAUAGUGAACUUAUGGAACAUCUUUGUUGCGUUUUUUCGAUGUGCACAAAACAAUUAGACAACCCAAUAUCGGCAGCUGAAUUACAGCGAGCUAUGAAAGUGGAACCAAUCUCCGCUCGGCAAGCUCAGAAACUUGUCCAUCGUAUGAACAUGAUGCGGCAAAUUCAUAACUGGUGUGAAUCUAUAGCAGAAAAAAGAUCUGUAUUAAAAUUGUGUUCAGUUGAGGCUAUGCCAAGUGGUUGGUCGGUUGAGCAAGAUGAAGACCUUCUUGUUGUUGUGGACCAGUUCGGCCUUGACAACCUGUCGAGCAAUAUUAAUCAGAGACCAGCUUUCCAAAAUGUUGCUCAUCCGGAUGAAAAGACUCUCUUGAGAAGAGUGGCUGAAAUAUACACAACUUUACAUACAAAUAAAUGGAAUGGGACGGCUUCAAUUGAAAUGCUUGAAGAUUCUGAUGUUGCAGAAGCAGAAUCUAACUCUGUUAUGCAAUCUCGUUCGAGAAGGGGGCGUAAAAAGGGUAGUUCUGUUGUGAACUCUUUACACGAGAUAGGGGACGUGGAGAAAGAAAAAAUGCGGGCCCUCGCUCAUCAGUCGUUUCUGCAGAGGCUUGAACAGUUCCCUCUCUCGGCUGCUACAGCUGCAAUGGCACAAGGAUUGUUCUUACCUCUUCUCUCUAGUGCAACUCCAGCUCAACAAGCAGCUAUGCUUUCUCUGUUUGCUUUACCCGCGACGAGUUCAGCAUCUUUGAGUGCCCGGAUUUCCCAGCAAACCCCUAAUCGAAAUUCUUCAAAUGAAAUUGACAAUGCAAACAAUGACGUACUUAACCUUAGCAAAAAGAGAAAUACCGAUAAGCCUGCAGCUGCACAAGCUUUAUUAAAUCCGGUGAAUACAGACCAAGCUGCAGUUUUAAAUAAUCUUAACCUCUCUGAAGUGUUGGCAUUAGCCAGUUUGCCACCUGAUACUCGUGUUCCUGUUAUUAAUACUGAGACUGGACAGCGUUUGACCGGUGAACAGGCACCAAAAGUGGGGAAUUUAGGUCAGUGGUUGUCAGCGAAUCCAAAGUUCGUCAUGGAUAUUUCAGCAGCAUCUACCAGCAACGUAAUUCCUUCUACAAAGCCCACGAUGGAAAAAGCAGUUAGUUCAAAAACAACUCUAGAAGUAAAGAAGCCAGAAAAAAAUCCUAUUUUAACGUCUGCAACGAAGGAUGCUGCGUCAACUGGUGCAAGUUCUAUAGAGUCUGUGAAAGAGGAGAAACUUCAAACUUCUUCGAAGAAACUUGCUCCUUUUGAAAAUAGUAGUAAUGAAGUUGUUAAAACUCCUGUCUCGAAUAAGAAAACUGCUUCAUCUACGUCGAACGUAUUAGAGCCGGGUGAAAUACCAAGGCCUUCGUGUUCCACAUCAGCGAUUAUUGCAGAACAGCCUAUUGCCGUUUUUAAGCGAAGUAAUAAUAAUUUGCUGCCUGCGGAUAAGUGGCCACCACUUAAAUCCUUAGCAGCUUGGCUUGACAAACAUCCGGAGUAUAACGUCCAUUCGUCUAGUAUGCAACUAGCUGCUACUAUACUGUCGAAAUCGUAUGCCGACCGGCUUGGAGGUGACGUAGCAUCCAGUAGUUUAGAAGCAAUGCAGAUGCAGAUGAUGCUGCAACAGUCUUUAGUCAGUCAAAGUCUUUUGGGUUUGGGAGCGUUUCCUACGCUUAAUCCGUUCAUGUUGUCUGCUGCAGCAACCGGUGCAACGGGUUCUAAUAAGAACUCUUCAAAGGAGAUAUUGAAUCCGAUGCUUGCUACCUUGAUGAAUUCGACCACUAGCGCCCUACAAUUACAGCAAAUGCAGUCCUUGUUGGCGCUAGACCCGUCGUUGCUCCUCCAGGCUGCUGUUUCUGCUCCAGCUUCCCUCUUACCAUCACCGUCCACAACGAACACUUCUAUUCCCAAACCUUCAAUAAAGAAAGUUAGUGGCAGUAAGGGGCGACUGAAUGCCGUCGUUGAAAAACUGUCGUCAAACCAAAGCUGA